GUUACAGCAGCGCCCUUUGACGGACAACAGGGCUGCUGUAAUAAGUUUGAGAACAAAGAAGUGUCCAGACUCCACGCUGCCAUGAUAAGUUUCAUGCGAUCUUGUCACACUGGAUUACUCACUUUGUCGAGUGCAUAUCUAUUCGCUCAGGUUAGCUGCAAAUGCAAGCUUGGGGGAUACUUGCAAGGUUCUGCCGACGUCGCGAAUAUUGAUGCAUUGCAGAUCUCCGACACUUGAAUCGACGGAGAUCACAUGAGUGACAUGGUGACAAAGUGGCAAUGGAAAUGAAAACCGGCGUCCCUGUGUCCUUAUCGAGAAGUUCAAAUUUGGUUGGUUCAACUUGUUCUUUGUCCAACAUCUUAUUGCAAGGUUUAAGCAGCUUCUGAAAACCCUCCUCAAUCUCAACGAUGGUCACCUACUCUGCCUUCUUUUCUUCUGGCCUUCUCGCCCCUUACCAUCCCAGAGCAACAACCCCUGCACCACUCUCCUCCCCAAUGCCGUCCAGUCCUAUGCAGCCUGUAGAUCGCGAUCUGAGCGUGACACCCACACCCACUGGCAACUCAAAUAGCGUUGCUGCAGUACCCACUGCGAAUGCUGAACGUCCUCGCAUGCGCAGGCGUCGCAGUAGCAUGAACAUUGCUGCGAGCCCGAUGGCUCUUAUCAAGUCCCCGACGCGAAAUGCCGGCAGCGCGCUUCAGCGCACCGGCGCCAUGUCUCCCACUCGUAGUCGUGCAGGUAGCAUCGCCGAGAACGCUUCAGAAAGUAACAGUCUUUUUGGAAGAUUGAGAAGUGGCAGUCUGAAUGCAGGCGCUCCACUACGCCUGCGUCGUGCAGUCAAGCGAACUAUCCCGCUCGCUCCACCCCCCACUGCCCCCCUCCCUGCACUCCCACCGCCAUCUCCAUCUGCAAAAUACACGCGUACUCUCGCACCUCCUGCGCUCAUCAUACCUGUUCCUCGUCAACCCCUUAUGAAUUAUUUCGUGUCCACCCCUGGGCUACUCAGUCCUGAUUCUGUGAUGCAAUUCACAUCCAAUAUGUCGCCUGGUAUCUCCUCUAGCCCUGCUCAUACGUGUUAUUUUGGAAGCACUAUCGAUGAAGAGAUGAAAGAAAACUGA